ACCGGAAACCAAACUUUUUUUAUCUGAAGCAACAGAGAGAAAAAAGGGACGACACUUGUUUUCACACUUCCUUUUUCUGGUCAGUGACGUGGUUUUGCUGUUGCUGGAGAUGUGUGAGAGACAGAGACACAGAGACAGCAGCAGAGACACGGAGACAGCAGUAGAGACAUAGACACGGAGACAGCAGCAGAGACAGGGACACGGAGACAGCAGCAGAGACACGGAUCACCACACACAGAGAAGACGUCGACUGACACCAUGGAGGAUGGUGUGAACGAGGACCCCACCCAGCGCAAAGAGCCAACAUUCCUGGGUAAGGCUGGCUGGGUGAAGAAGGCUCCUGGCAGACUGUUCGCAAGCUAUAAAGACCGUUACAUCCAUGUGGAAAAGACAGACAUCGUGGUGUAUGAACAUGAGGACCUGCAGAACUGCUUAGAGAGAGUGGACCUGGAAAACUAUGACAGAUGUCAUGAACUGAAGACCCCCUUGAAGAAGAGACACAGACUGAUACUGAUCCGAUCAGCAAAGUCUGGAAAUAAGGUCAGUGAUGUCAAGUUCCAGACUCAGACUGCCGAGGAGAAGGAAGCUUGGAUUAAAGCCCUGACUGACGCCAUCAGUCGAGCUAAGAACAAAGCGUUUGAUGAGGUCAAGGUUGAUGAGAGCAAUAAUUUAGACCAUGUUACUCGAACAAGGCCCAAAGGCAACCGGAGCCGCCGACCACCAACCAGAAUACACAUGAAGGAGGUAGCUGAGGUAUCAUGUGACGGUAUCCUACGUUUGGAUCUUGAUCUUGAGGGUGCUAAGAUGCCGAAUGGAACUUAUUAUGCUAAUGUUGAUGGUACUGAGACGCCAGAGGAAGAUAUUGGAAUCCCAAGGCCAACUGAUGAAGAGGGGACUGGCCCUAAGCCGGAGGUCAGUCCUCAGAACAAGGUCUUCAAAACUCCCAUGCCCCCGAACAAAGAUGCUAAACCCAGUCCAGUGCCUGAGGGUGAACCUGAGAAGAAGGUCCUGAAGCCUCCCAUGCCUCCAUCUAAAGAACCCAAGUCCUGUAUCUCACCUGCUGAGGCCAAAGCUGAGUGGAGUGCUGAAGCAGGGAAAGCCCCCCACCCUCCUAACCCCCCAUCCAAAUCUAAGAAACCCUCCCACCCUACUGUGCAGUCACACCAAGAGGUCCCACGUGUAGAGGAUGAGUGUGAGGAGAAGGAUGGUGAUCACAGGAAAGAGACGACAGCUACAGACAAAGAUGAGGCCGACAGUUCCGUCUGUGAAGAAGCUCAGGUUGGUGUAGAACGUGCUGAUGUUUCCAGCACAGGAGAGCAGAACUUAGAAGAAGGCUCAGAGAAAACUACAACCACUUCUCUUCCUCUUCCACUUUCUGUGCAAAUCUCAGACAAAUGUCUUCAGCCUGACAAACAUGGAGACCACAGCCCAACUAGAGAAGAGCUGCAUGGGAAACACGAGUCUGUUCUCCAAACAGUAGAAGUGCCACCUACAAGUGAAGUCCCAUCAGUUGUUGUCUCCUUGAAUGAGCCCCUCACUGACAGCCUCACCCUGGGGCCACUGCUCUGCCAACUGCCCGGGGAGAGGAAAAUGAAGGCAGAGGAAAAGUCUGUGGACAGUGGUCAGCACUCAGACAACGACAGUGAAGGCUCAGGGGCUGAAGACACACUGGCAGCUUCUACAGCUGCACUGAGAGGAAGCCAGCCUGGUCUGGAUGUGCUGGAUGCCAACGAAGAUAACAUUCACAUAUCUCUUAGAUUAAGGCCGGCUGCAACAAAACCUCGUGUUAAAUCACAGCUCACAAAGCCCACUUUACCACUCACGCCCUCCACCAAGGUGAAGUCAGCCUCCAUCGGAGACCUGCUGUCCAACUCGUCAGUCUUUAUUCAGGGGAGACCAAACCUCAGAGACGAGACGUCUCCCACAGAUGAUGUCAUGAAACUUGAGACGGAAGUGGCUCUGGAAAUGGAAAAAACAGACGAGCUUCUCAGCAGAGUGUCCACACUUCAGGACGAAGGUGAGCGGAAGCCAAAGGAUCUGCUGACUGAGGCCAUGGAGAAGCUGAAGAAAGCUGAUCACGUCCUCAGAGAGGUCCGAAAACUGACACUCACAAAGAACACGAACAACAGGAAGAGCUGGUGAACGUCUCAGAGAGCAGAAGGAACUUUCACAAAACCUGGAGUGUGCUCGCGCUUACUUUGCAAUUUUAAAUAAGCUCAGCAGAAAAAUGUCUGCUCUAAUCCACAAUCACAGAGUUUGUCAUUGUGGGCCUGCUAAUAUUUUCUAUUGUAUUAUUUUUCUAUCUAAGAGCAUGCAUUCAAUUAGUGUUAUAUUUGGCACUGGUAUCAAAUCAAAUAAAACAAGAGGUCGGCUUUAGAACUCAAGCCUGUGUAAAUAAAUGUAAAUCUAAGAGUGAGCCAUGAUAGAUCUCCACCUGUGUUCCAGGACUUUUUCUACGGUACGUUUGAAAUGGCUGCGCGCUGCAUGUCCCUCUGCUGAGUUUGUGUUCACUAUCACCAUGGUUACCUGUAAAUAAUCAACUGGCAUGCAGUUCAGUUCAAUUCAGUUUUAUUUGUAUGACUUCAGAGGAGAGAACAAACUCUGACACAACCACACUCACAGAUGUGCAGCAUCUGCCUCGACCGGUUGGGGUGAAAGGAAGAAUGAGGGACAGAGGAGAGGAGGGGGAGAGAAAGGACAAGAGGGAGGGGGACAGAGGAGAGGAGGGGGAGUCAAAGGACAAGAGGGAGGGAGUUAUGUAUCUAAGGCUAGAUUUGUCUGAAUCCAAGUAUGUCUCAGUGUGAUUCCGCUCACUACUUCACUCCCUACAGUUGUUUAACUAUAUUAUUCAUUCAUUAUUAAUGUUACAGUAAAGUCUCAUUCAUGAUGUUGACAUUGAAUAUAAACUGUUGACCCAGCUGUGAGUGAAGUGUAUAGUUAGAAGGUUACAUCCAAAUCCAUCCCAAAGCCAUGGAGUUAGCAUUAGCCCACUUUAGCACAUUAGCCCCUAACUGAUAGGGUUCCACUGUUGUCACUGUAAAAUACAUGUGUGACAUUUCACUUCUAUUACUAGUAUCAUAGGACAUAAUGAAUGGUCCUGGCUAUGCAGCACAGGGACCUGUUACUUCUUAUUAACUAAGUACAGUUACUUCUUAUUAACUAAGUACAGUUACUUCUUUAUUAACUAAGUACAGUUACUUCUUAUUAACUAAGUACAGUUACUUCUUUAAUAACUAAGUACAGUUACUUCUUAUUAACUAAGUACAGUUACUUA